GAAAAAUAUUGAAAUGAAGCCUCUUCCAAAGCAACAAACAACAAUCGCCAUGGCUAGACCAUGCUCUGUAUCCAAAGAAUAUACACCAAUGAUGGUCAAUUCACCAGAUAGGUAACUAGUAUAUGGAACAAAAACUUAAUCACAAGCAAGAGUCUAAACUUAUAUGGCCUCACCAUAUAUGCAGUCUCCCUCUUAUGAAGCAAAUAAAUAAGUCUUGACUUCACGUAAUUAUUUAACAAAAGAAUUAGCAAAUCUUCCAAUUUAACCUUCGUCGCCUAAAAGAUUGCUUGACUCAUAUCAUUAUAAAUAAAAAACUUUAGAUUAUAAACCACCAUAUAUAGAAAACAAAAACUAAAAUCAAUAUGGUGAUUACAAACCCUAUGACACAACUAAAUAAUUAUUUUCUUAAAUAAAUUAAUAUGACCUUGGAAAAUAUGAUUUUGCAAAAACAUAUAAUUUCGAGUCAAACAAAGAAAAUAAAGAUUUGAAUUCUAACACAGAAAAAAGAAAUCAAACUAAAGAAUUAAAUCCAUUCUUAGAAUCUAAAGAAAAUAUUAAAAUUGGAUUAGACUUCUUGUGCAGAUCACCAAUCUAAGAAGUCAACAAUUAAUAAGGUUAUUCAACCUAUUCUACUUCUAACAUUUAACAAUAGAAACAAACGAACACACCUGUUACACUUUCAUCAAAAACAAGAUUGCAAACUGAAAUUAAUAAAAUAUCAAGUUCAUUGAGAGAAUUGAUCUCAGCAGUCUAAAAACAAAUGGGGGCUAGCCAACUACCUGAUGCAUUAAAUGAUAAAAUGAUUGAUGUGCUGUCCAAUUUUAGAAAAUUAGAAGAAAUAGCUUUAUCAGAUACUCAAUCUUAACAAUCUACGUCCUCUCUUCAAAAUAACUUUGAAAAUGAAUAAAAAAUUAAUACACUGACUGAAGAUUAUAAUAAAAUAAAAGGUAUUUUAGAAUAACUACAAACUAAAAUGGCCUCUUUAGUCUAAGAAAAUUAAAAAGUAUAUAUAUAAUAAUAAUUAUCAAGCUUAAUAAAAAAUUGAUAGAGUACGAAUAGAAAGGAGUGGAAGAUGAAAAAAAGAGAAAGGAAGAUGAUGAAAGAUCAUACUAUUCUUAAUAAGAGUUUAAUAGAGUUUUAGAAUGUCUGUAGCAAAACUAAAAAGAGAAUGAAGAAUUGAAACUUUAAUUAUAGAAGGCUGAAAAAUCGAAAACAGAAAACAUUGUUUGUAGAUAAUUAUUUUCUCAAGAUGAAUAAGUUAGAGAAUUGAGAACAAAAUAUCAAAAUUUAUAAACUGAAUAUGAAUAGCUUGAAUUUAAAUACAAACAGGCAGUCUAAGAAAAAAGUUUUUACUAAAGAGAUAUGACUAAAUCCCCUUCAAUUUUAAGAUCCCCUUCUGUAAAUAAUGUAUAGAAACAAUCAAAAUAAAAUGAAUAAUUAGAAUUAAAACUGUUUUAAUUAUAAAUUGAGAAUGAUAAUCUCAAGGCUGAAGUUGCACAUAAUCAAGUAGAUUCAAGAUAAUUGGAUUAAAAGAAUUCCGUUAUUAAUCAAUUAGAGGAAAAAGUUAAGUCAACAUUAAGAGAGAAAGCAGAGUCUGAAGAACAUUUUCAACAGUUAUGCUACAACUUAGAGAGUUAGCUUGAGUAAUUGAGAGUUAGUUUGCAAUAAAAGGAACUAGAUCUUAAUCAAACGAACAAGUAAAAGAAAGAAAUUGAAAGAGAUUUUUAGUCAUCAGUUUAAAAUUACUAAAUAGUAUAAAAGGGUUUAGAUGAUAAAUUAGUAUCUGCAAAGGCAGAUUACGAUAAAUUAUUAACAGAAUUCAAGAGUUUAGAUUCAAAAAAGAAUAAAAUACAGGAUGAACUAACUACAAGUGAAAAAUAAUUAGAGUUAUCAAGAAAUGAAAUAAAUGGAAUGUUGAAUGAAAAUAAAAAGGCUUCAGAAAAAUUAUAAUAAAUAUAAAGGUAAAAUGAUUAACAGAGCCAAUAACUCUAAUAGUACCAGAUAUCGACAUAAUAACUCCUCAAAUAAUUGGAUAACUACAAAUAAUAAGAGUUCUAAUUUAGAUAAGAGAUUGAAAUCUUAGAAACUAAUUUAAGGUAAACCAAGUAAGAAACAAAAAAUUAGAUUAAUGAUUUGAAUGAAGCUUUAGGAAUCCAAAUAUCUAAAACUAAAGAAAAAGAGAAGUAGGUGAUAGAUUUAAUUGAGGAGAUGAGCGCAUUUAAAGAUUAAUAUGAAGUUUAAAAAAAAGUAUAAUAGGAAAAUAUUAAUGAUUUGGAGAGAAAAUUAAAAAACUUGAGAAUUUAAUUAGAAGAAACCAUAGAUGUAAAAGAAAAUGAAAUAAACGAAUUAAAAUAAAAUAUGGAAUAAUAGAUGAAGAUUUUAGAUAAAAGAAAUGCCCUUUCAUAUUAUGAUUUUGAAUAAAGGGAAUAUUAAUAUUAGCAGGAUUUAUAAUAAAAAACAGAACUCAUUGAAUCUUUGAAAAUAGAAAUGGAAAAAAUCAGAAGUGUCAAUUACAAUAUGUAAGAGGAAAUGCUUAAGAAUAAUAUGUCAACUACUUAGUUGUAAGCAACUAUCAAUAGUUUAAAAAAUGAGUUAUCUUAGGCCAAACAAGAAUAAAUUCAUUUGAUGGAUUUGCUAAAAAAAAGAAAAGAAGAAACAGAAUAAUUGCAUUUGGGGUUAGAGGAAGCAAGAAAGGAGCAAUUAUCAAAGAAGAAUGCUGUUGAGGAUAGUAGAAGUAAUUAUAAUAAUUUAUUCUUAAGGAUCUAUGUUUAGAUAAUAAGAUUUGUAAUCAUAAUUAGAGAGUUUACAAAGAGAAAACUUAGCCUUAACUUAAAAGAUUAAUUCUUUGAAUAAUGAGCUAAACAGAAAAUAAAGAGAAUAUUAAGAAAAGAUUGAAGAAUAUUCAAUUUUAAAGAGAAAACACGAUGAAACUCUUUAAAAUUUGGAAAGAUUAGAAAAAAGAUGGGGAGAAAAAAUAGAUUAACAUAGGAAAAUUUGAUUAGUUAAAUAUAAAUAUUAAAAUUCU